AUGGCUACACCUAAAUUAAAUAAGGAACUCUACGCCAAUAUAACUCGACUAAAACUAUUAAAUUCAACUAAUACAGAUCCUAAGUUUUUACUUGAUCAAUCACCAUUUAAUGAAGAUAGUGAUGAACAAGAUACAGGUGCUUCCGCAAACCCAAAAGAAAUCUUGAUUAUUGGACGAAUUUUCCCUGAUUCAGACAUAUUUAAAGAAGGUGCAUUUCAAAUUGAAAUGAAAUUAACUCCUGAUUUUCCAUUUAAUCCACCAGAAGUACGUUUUCUUACUCCAAUUUAUCAUCCAAAUGUUGAUACAGAUGGGAAAUUUUGUCAUGAAUUAUUAAUAAAAGAAGCUAAAUAUUCAAAUAAAGUAACUUUAAUUGAUGUUGUUAAAGCUGUUGUACAAUAUAUCGAUCAUCCUAAUCUAGAACAUCCAAUGCGCGCUAAUGUCGGUUGUGAAUAUGCGGAAAAGCGUCUUGACUUUAAUCGUAACGCAUUGGAAUAUGUUAAAAAGCAUGCUUUGCCACGUAGCUGA